AUUUUGUCGUGGCUGCAAAAUUGAGUGCACGGAAGACAGAGCUUGUGUUGGGAAUGCUUACAUUGCUGUAGACUGGGAUCCAACAGCACUCCACCUGCGCUACCAGACAUCGCAAGAACGGAUUGUAGAAGAACAUGAAAGUGUUGAACAAAGCCGACGAGCUCAAGCAGAGCCCAUCAACCUGGACAGUUGUCUUAGAGCCUUCACCAGUGAGGAAGAACUAGGGGAGGAUGAGAUGUACUACUGUUCCAAAUGCAAGACCCAUUGUUUGGCCACCAAAAAACUGGAUCUUUGGAGACUUCCCCCUAUUUUGAUCAUUCACCUGAAAAGGUUUCAGUUUGUAAACGGCCGCUGGAUAAAAUCUCAGAAAAUUGUUAAAUUUCCCAGAGAAAAUUUUGACCCAAGUGCCUUUUUGGUACAAAGGGAUCCAAGUCAUUUUCAAAGAAAGCAGCUAACGCUCCAGGUCGACAGCCUUCCCGAACCACGGACUCUCCAAGGGGAGUCUAGAAAAAUAGAUCUGCAGAUCACUUGUACACCAGGAGAGGGAGAUGCACUGAACAGAAGUCCAUCCUCCCUUAACACUACUGUCUUGAAUAAUAUCAAAGCAUCUCCGUCUUUGGGGAGGAAAAGUGGAACCAGUUGUCCUUCAAGUAAAAACAGUAGCCCAAAUAGUAGCCCGAGGACUUUAGGAAGAGGUAAAGGGCGUCUGCGGCUACCACAACUGGGUAAAAACAAACUGUCAAGUAGCAAAGAAAAUUUGGAUGCAAGUAAAGAGAACGGUACUGACCCAGAGCAGAGAUUUACUUCUGAUCAAGGUGAUGCUCUUACUAAAGGGCAGAUUUUGGGUGGUAGUCAGAGUGAACUAUAUACUGCUCAGGACAAUGAGAUGACACUGGCCAACGGAUACAUCUGUGAGCAGAAUGCAUAUAGCAACAGCAGCAUCAACGGUCAAAUUGAUAACCACAGUGAGGACGAUACUACAGAUGACCAAAGAGAAGACGUAUGCGUUAACCCUAUUUACAACCUAUAUGCAAUUUCAUGCCAUUCAGGAAUUAUGGGAGGGGGUCAUUAUGUCACUUAUGCCAAAAACCCGAACAACAAGUGGUACUGCUACAACGACAGUAGCUGUAAGGAAUUGCAUCCCGAUGAGAUCGACACCGACUCUGCCUACAUUCUGUUCUAUGAGCAGCAGGGGGUAGACUAUGCACAAUUUCUGCCAAAGAUAGACGGCAAAAAGAUGGCAGACACGAGCAGCAUGGAUGAAGAUUUUGAGUCGGAUUAUAAGAAGUACUGUGUUUUACAGUGAACAGAUGAGCUUCCACGGACCGUUUUGAAAACGUGAGGGAUAGCGUCCUGCAACUUACAUUUGGCGAAAAAUGUUAUUGAAACAGAUAACCUGAGUGUAGUUAUUGUACCCUGUGAUCUGAAAGCACAAACAGAACCCCCUAAUUAAAUAGCAGUUAAUAUGAAGAUAGUACUGUUUUGUUCCGUUAUCUCUACAUGCUCUAAAACGUUUCUGAUGUUAGACAUCAGGCUGAGACUGCCAUUGGCCUUUAAAUAAAAUGGUUUGAGAAAAGCCGACUAGGACCAAAUAAG